UUUAAUUAUAAGUAAAAUUUGGCCUUCCAUUGCAUUAAAAAUAAUUAUUGUCGUAACUUUGAAACAUUCCGAUCUUCACCGGAUAUUGCCGAAUCUAAGAUGCCAUUUGUAAACAAGCCAAAAUGGAGGAUUUAGUGAAGGUCAAAUGUAAAGAGAUGUGAUUCAAGUCAUUAAAAGAAACAACAGCCAGCAGCAAACAACCAAAUAUGAAGCAAAAGGAGAUAAGACCAUUAUUGGAAGGCAAUGAGCUUUACCCUACAGGGAUAGCACCAGUGAAAGGAUGGGGAAAGAUGUACGUCCCCGAAGACAAGGUGCAGAUUGAUGAUGAUUUUGAGGAGGAGAUUCUGAUGACGGAGCGUCGCCGUAAAAGAAGAGUGUCUCUGCUAUGGCAGGACUGCUUUCUUCUGAUUCUGGACUUUCUACAGUUCUUAGCCAUUUAUCAGUCCAUGGCCCUCAGAUGGACAUGGCCUAAGGAAUGGCUGUCAAAUACUUACUUUGUCUUCCUCUUUAAUCUUGAUGUGUAUGAAUUUGUAAAGCUGCACUCGGGUGUGUAUGCCAGUGUACAGAAUUACAACACUCCAAGCUCGUCAGUUCCUGUCCAGUUUUCGGCUAUUUCCAUUGGCUGGCUUGUGGUCAUUCUGAUGCUGGCUGCUGUAUAUCCCAUCAUAUAUGGAGUCCUGUGGUACAGAAAGAGUCCCGCACUGAUGACCAAAAUGGCCUACACUAGACGUGUGUAUGUUGUGAUCCUACAGGCUCUCACACUCCCUCUGGCUACCUAUGUAGGUCACAUCUUCCAAUGUACAGACACCGACAGAGUGGACGUGAUGAAUGAUCUGAAGUGUUUCUAUGGCAUCCACUGGCUGUAUGUCACCUUUGGCCUGGCCAUUUUGCUUUUUCUAUUUGUUCUGUUCCCUGUUUACAUGGUGUAUAUCACCAGAUCGGAAUCAGUAGGGUCCUGUCCAAAGCACCACGAAUCGUUCCUUCUUCUGAAAGAAACAGAGUACAAAGUCGGACUCAACAAAUCCUGGCUGGUUGCAAACAUGUUUGUCUUUUCUUCGUUUCGAUUCUGGGGACUGUAUCACAGAGCAGUGAUGCAAUGGUUAAAAUUGGCCAUCAUCAUCGCUUUUUGCGCUGGUUUUAACAACAUUUCAAGCCAAUCCCUGGCUGUGACUCUGCUCUUCUUUGGAUAUUUCUUGGCUUUUAUUUUUGUUCGCCCCUAUAGAAUCGUGAUUUACAAUAUCAUGAUGUUGCUUUCGUUCCUCACUCUGGGCUGCCUCGGAAUAAUCGGGUCCAUGGUGACUCGUUACAACGUGUACACCCUCUCCUCGCCCUGGCUCCUCCCCCAGUACUCCAGGUGGGUCCUGACCACCAUCGUCACUAGCUGGGCGGUGUUUUGGUUCAUGUUUCUGGUGUAUUUGGUGGUCCGCAGCAUUCUUUAUCAGAAGAAGGUCAUCGCGACCCCUGUGUGGCCGACCUUCUCCACCUCGGAUAAUGACCACCUGAGUCUACAGACAAAGAAGUUCCUCAAAACAUUCCUCCAUGCAAGAUUUGUACUAGAGAGGACCCAAAGAGGACCAGCACUGUUUGCCCCUGUUCAUGACUUGUCCAGACAGAUCCAGAUACUGAAUGCCUACUGUCGGGAGGCGGAGUUCCUUGGCGACGCUCUCCACGGAACAAUGUGGGAUCUCCUGGAUGAGAUGAUCGAGAUUCACGCAAAACUCGCUCAAAAAUCUCUAUUUGCUGAGACAGUAAAAGAAUCCAUUAGGAAGACAGCCAAUGAGUUUCUGUCUGUGAUGCCACUGUUCAGUCAGCGCCUCGCUCAGCGGGACUAUGACCUCAUUCUAGUGUCGCCCAUGAAGCGACGCAUGCUCCUCAAGAUGUACUGCAUGGGUGUGUUCCUGAAUGGGCGAGCAGAGAAAGUAAGAAAGAACAAGAUGUUUACACAGCCGGCCCUUCAUAAGAUCUGGCAUGAAGAACCCUACAGUCUAAACUUGGAAGAAGAAGAUGGUUACUAUGAGGACCUGUACCCCGACCCAGUGGAGCUGAAGAGUGACAACUCAUCUGUCGACCUCUCCAUGGCAAGCUCAGAGUCAGAGGAGGAGGAGGAGAACUUGUCUGGAGUCAUGGACCAGCUCCAGGCGGAGGAGGAAAUGGAGUUUGAACACCUCAGAUGCCAGUUUCUCCCGGUCAUUACUGAAUCUUCUGACCAGACACCCCAUGGAUCCCCCUCUCCGAGUGGUAGUCGUCCCAGCACAGCCUCCCACAGUGGCAUCAACAGACCAGUAAGUGGCACCUCCAGACAAGAGGAGGGGUUAACUGAUCUAAACUCCAGACCUACGUCUGGAUCACCCCGCCCUGCACCACAGAUGUCUGGAUCUGGGUCCCGUCCCCAAUCUGCCACUAUGAGUCCCGGGCUAAGACAGCCACCGAGGUCAUCACCAACUGGAUCUAGACCAUCAUCAGGGAGGUCCGCCCACAGCAGUGUGUCAGCAGGGGGUCACAACAGAGAGGGCUCCAGUUAUCUAAAUGCUGGAUUCCAAGAGGACACGCCCCCAUCACAUGGAAAAGGAGACACUGACAAGAACCCAGCAAUGAAGAAAUAUGGGGAUGCUAAGAUUGUAGCAAAAAAGUUGAAGAAAAAGCGCAGCCGAAAACGAGAUUCUGAGGCUUAAUGAUUGGCUAGUGAAGAACAAGAUCAGCUAUAGGCUGAUGGUCGAGUGUUGUAUGAAAGUGGCUGGUCCACUUUUCUAUACUCAGCAUUUUGCUUACGCAUAGUAAUGCAUUCUUUGUGUAUUUUAUUACUGGUAAUAUUAAUUUUCCGUCCAACAUUCCUUAUUUACAAGUACAUCGUACAUGUUUAUUUUUAUUUAUUAUUUUAUAUUCAAUUUUUUUUAUAAAUUAUUUCCAGUUGUAAUUUUUCUUUGUAACAACAUUCCUUUUUGAUAGAUUUAUUGAUUUUUAAUACAUUCAUGUUUCCAUUUUUCUUGUUGAUUAUGAGCCAAUAUAUGUGCAAUUUCAAGAACUAUGAUUUUUGUUUUUUUGUUAUCUUAGUGUUACUUUACAAGUCUCUAUUUCUAUUACACAUGAACAAAGACUUUUUAAAAAUUUGUCAUAUUAAUAAGAUAAAUGUAUAUUACAUUGCUAAAUAAUAUCUGUUGAUUGCAAUGAGAAUGAUCCUAUUUCGUAACAAAAAUCAGUAUAUUUCAUUAUCAAAAAAAUAAAUAUAGUAACAGUA